UGCAAAUGUCGUUAUAUAAAAAGUGCGUUUUGUUUAACUGCUUUUGAGUGUGCAUGUGUGUUUUUCUGUCUGUCUGUGUAUGUGUGUGUGUGUGUGUGUGUGUGUGUGUGUGUGUGCGUAUACGUAACUUAAGAAAGAGAAGAAAAGAAUUGCAAAAGCAAUGUGGCACUCAAUGCGGAAUUUGGUGCAAAUUUUGCAACAGUUAUUUUUAAUAUUGUGUUUAAUGUUAUAUUCGGCAUACAAUGCAAAAUCUCAACAUGUCAAUCAACUUCCACAUUUCAUGGAAGGCGGAGAUAUGGCUCAUUUCAGCUUAGCAGAAAAUGUGGCUAUCGGUAGUCCAGUGUAUCAAUUAAAAGGCGUGGAUCCCAAGGGCACUGCUGUAAAAUAUAGUAUAUCUGGACCAGUGUUCUCGGUUGAUCGUCAUACUGGUGUGGUACGCUUACGUCAAGAAUUGGAUCGUGAAACUCAAGACACUAUCGAAGUAAUAAUCAGCUUGACCGACGAAGGUCUCUAUGGAAAUGAACCCCACACAAUCUCAUUGAGACGUGAGAUACCAGUACGCGAUUAUAAUGACAACCAGCCAAUAUUUAUGACGCGGCCAUAUUUGGCGAAUAUUUCUGAAUUGUUGGAAGUAAAUUCAGAAUUGGACAUAAAACCCUCCAUAAUUGUUGUGGAUCACGAUACCGAUCGAAAUGCGGAGGUUACUAUUAAGUGUGUGCAAGAGAACGAUAUUUGUGAUACUUUUAAUGUUACCGCCGAGGAGAUUUCACCUGGUAACUACACAGCCCAUGUAUUUCUAAGGAAGCCCCUUGAUUUUGAACGGCGCCCCAAUUAUAUUAUGACCAUAUCUGCUUCAGAUGGCUCUCUAGAAAAUCCUUUAACCUCAUAUGCUACCAUUUCGAUAUCCUUGAUAGACGUUCAAGAUCAGUCACCUGUGUUUAUCAAUGCGCCAUAUUCCGCAACAAUCGAUGAAAAUACUGCCCCAGGAACUAGCGUGUUAAACGUUGCUGCUAUUGACGGAGACGUGGGAAUUCCCCGCGAUGUUAUCUUAUCUUUGGAAGAUGAAGUAUUUGGAUAUUUUACUUUAAUACCCUUCGGAGACCCUAUCGAGGGUACUGCCGUGUUGGCAACUACUAAUAUAUCUUUGGAUCGUGAAAAUUCGCGUAUUUUGCAAAACGCAGGCGUUUAUGUUUUCUCAGUGCGGGCUACGGAAUUAAUUGACGGCUUCAUGCCAGCAGACAGCUCUACCACUCAGAUCACAAUAGUUGUUAAUGACAUUGAUGAUCAUGUUCCUACGUUUAACAGCAAUAAUCUUACCAUAUCUAUACCAGAAAACCUGGGCAUAGGAAUGCCCCUACCUGGACUCGCAAUUUUUAUUAAUGAUUUAGAUACGGGCAGUAACAGCCACUAUGAUUUAAAAUUGCGAAAUAUUCGCAAUUCUCUUAAUGUAUUCAGUGUAAGUCCUUUCGAAGGUCAAGGGAGAACACCCAUCGUUGUAAAGGUGCUGAACUCAAGUCGUUUAGAUUAUGACGUUGCCGAUUCAAUGGACAGAAUAUUCUUGUUUGAUAUUAUUGCUUCGGUGAGAGGCGAAGAGAAAUCCAAAGUUCGAGUUAACGUUGAACUUACUGAUCUCAAUGACAAUUCUCCAGUAUUUGAAUCCAGUAGUUAUCGAUUUUCCGUAUCCGAAAAUCUUCCCCCUAAUUCCCGGAUUGGUUCAAUUACAGCCACGGAAAAGGAUUCUGGUAAAUUUGGUGAUAUAACUUAUUGUCUUAAAGGCUUCGGUGCCGAUCACUUUUACACAGAUCCCAAAUUGGGAGGGUUUUUCGUCAAAAAGACUUUGGACUACGAAACACAAAGUAGUUAUAGUUUCUCCAUUGUAGCAGCAGACGGAGGUGGCCGUGAAAUGAAUGCCCAAAUUUACGUAGAAAUUGACGAUAUAAACGACAACUAUCCGCAAUUUGAAAAAUCAGAAUAUGUUCGUACUAUAAGGGAGAAUACCGCCAUUUUUGAACCACAAUUUAUUAUAAGAGCCAUUGAUGUAGAUGGUCCUGCUCAAGGUGGUGGUAAAAUUCGAUAUGGCAUAAUAUCAGAAAAUAGCAUAUCUGGCAAUGUGUUUCACAUUGAUGAAGUAUCUGGAGAAAUUUCAUUGCAAAAAAUAGCACGUUCCAAGGAUACGGAGAGAGGAGAAUAUGAGUUGGAGGUGGCAGCUACCGAUUUUGGAAUACCGCCGUUAACUAAUAUUACCAAAGUUUCAAUACGUGUGGGUAUUUCGGGUAACCAACGACCAGUGUUCAAAGGUCAUUUUCAGAAUGUUGAAAACGUACCAAUUUUGGGCCCGCCUAGUUAUCGAGUAUCGAUACCAGAAAACGCUCCCGCAGGUCAUAAUGUAACUGUAGUCAGAGCUCAUGACCCAGAUGGUUUGGAUAGUUUACUCCGUUAUCGUAUUGUGGGAGCUAAUGAUAACUUUGAAAUCGAUGAAGCUAUCGGCUUAAUAAGGGUCUCCCCACAGGCUCGCAUCGAUCGUGAAUCAAAUAUGGGCAGUUUUGAAAUCAUUGUUAACGCUGUGGACUCUGGUUUACCGAUAGCUGAAACAGCUACCUCCACUGUUUAUGUAAAUAUCAAAGAUAUCAACGAUGAAAAACCAAAAUUUGAACAUCCUAGUUACGUGGCGUACAUUUCGGAACGUACUGAAUUUGGGGAAACUGUGAUUAAAGUAAAGGCCAUUGAUAGCGAUUUAAAUUCCAAACUGUGUUACUCUAUUAAAGAUGAUAAUAUCAAGGCAAUUACCAAAACAGGGAUUGGUUUGAUCAAUCGCACAAGUUAUCGCGUUGAAGACGCCUUUCGAAUAAACAACCAGAGUGGUAUUAUCUCGGUUAAUGGAAAAUUACGUCAUGACUUAGCAGCAGUUAUCGUGUUGCCUAUUGAAGUAAGAGACUUAAACGCUGAAAUAAAUCUUGACUCCCAAAUUGAUACUACUGAGGUUACAAUUUAUGUGCAAUCGUUCAAGGAUACAAAUCCUGUGUUCACCAAUAAGGGCUGGGUUAGUUCGAAGGCUGUAAUAAAUAUACAUAUUAUGGAAGAAAUGCCCAUUGAAAGUACGCUCUUCGUAUUACAAGCUGAAGACCCUAUCACGAAGCUGCCUAUAAAAAGUUUCCAGUUGAUCGAACCACUUAAAUUGGAAUACUUUCAUAUUCACGAACGCAGUGGCGAAGUAAUUUUACGUAAACGUUUGGAUUAUGAAACCCUUAGAGAGGAUGAAGUUCAAUGUAUAUUCCAAAUCAAAGCCAAUUCGCCAGAUGGCCAGCGUAGCACUAUUAGUAAGGUAAAUAUAACGAUCGAGAAUGUCAAUGACAACGGCCCAAUAUUUGAAGAGCAAUCUUAUCGGGCAACGGUAGAGGAAAAUAAGAAGCAUCCUCUUAAGAUAAUACGUGUCCGAGCCACCGACAAGGAUGCCACUCUAACUGAACGUGACGAACGUUUCGGUUAUCAUAAGAUCAUAUAUUCACUACAUGGAGAACAUUCGGGCUUAUUUGAAAUUAAUUCUUCAACAGGUGAAAUUAUGAUAGGAUUAAAUCAACUCAUAGACCAUGAACGGACUCCUCGUAUAUAUUUGCAAGUAAAGGCUGAAGAUUCGCCUGGAAAACCAAUGGAUUCUAAACACAGUUUUGUCGACCUUGAAAUCGACGUAUUGGAUAUAAACGAUAAUGUUCCACAGUUUGACCAAAUCGAAUACACGGCAGUAAUACCUGAAAACGCGGACAUUGAAACAAGCGUUAUAAAAGUUUUUGCUACCGAUCUGGAUGAAGGUCCCAGUGGUGAGGUUUACUAUAAAAUUGCAGAAGAAGAUGAGGUAGCUGAUCUUUUCAAGAUUAAUAAAUAUACGGGCGAAAUAAAAACCAAAAGUGAACUAACGGGUAAGGGACGCGCUGAACCCUAUACCAUACGCAUUAUAGCCCAAGACAAUGGUGAACAAAUCUCAAAGCAAAUGGCUUUAAGCUCUGAAACUAGUGUUGCUAUUUACAUUGGAGAUGUUAGUGCCAAUGAUGGCAAACCGUAUUUCCUGAAGCCGAAAGAUGGGCAAGUGGCCGACGUUAAAGAAAAUGCUCCUAUUGGCACUGCAGUCUUUCAAGUUCAAGCUAGCGAUCCAGAUAAUCCAAAUACACCAUCGGGUACUUUGCAUUAUAAAAUAUUAGAUGAUACACUCGAUGCGGCCGCGUUUAAAAUCGAUGAAAACACUGGCCUAAUAAGCACAUCUCAAGUACUAGAUCGCGAAACUAAAGAUUUAUAUAACAUAAUCCUGGAAGUAUAUGAUGAUGGACAGCCGGGACAAUCGUUGACGAAAGUUCUACAAAUCAAUAUUUUGGAUGUGAACGACCAUCAGCCAGUCUUUUGCAGAGAACCAGACGAAGGACCUUUACAAUUUCUUGUUCUCGAAGAAGAACAUGGAGGAACAAUUGUUGGAAAUUUCGCAGCUAUUGAUAUAGACAUAGGAGAGAAUGCUUUAAUUGAUUACGUAAUAAUUGAGGGAAAUGAUGAGAAAGUUUUUUCUAUUGAGACGUCCGAAAAUAAUACCGCUACCUUAAAAACGACGAAACCGAUAGAUCGAGAGUUAGUUGAGAAUUUUCAAUUAACUGUUAAAUGUCUACAACGGGGUGAAGCGAUUGAUUCGUUAAUUGGCGAUACGUACGACCGAUACGAUCGCUCUCAUUUACGAAUUCACGUAAGAGUGAUUGACAUUGAUGACAAUUUACCGCAAUUCGAGCAUAAGUAUGCAUCGGUGGGCGUACGCAUCAAUGUACCCAUUGAUACAAUUAUUACAAAAAUUCGCGUCACCGAUUUGGACGCGGAAGCUGAGCCCUUAAUCUUAACUAUCGAAAAUCUUACUUUUGUUCCGCAAUUUUACAAAAGAACGAAAACAAUGCGAACCGCCGUAUGGCAAACUUUAUUCGUACUUGACAAUCGAACAGGUGAACUUAAAACCGCCGGUUCAUUCGCCGAUUAUGUGGACGGCUACUUUGAAAUGAAAAUACGUGCGAAUAAUUCACAAAAUGUUAAACGACACACGUUCAGCACUUUCAAUGUAUUCAUUAUACGUGAUAAAUCGCUCCUGAAAUUUGUAUUUGCUCGUCCACCGAAAGAAAUACGAAAUAUUGUGCGGCCUUUUCAAGAGAAGAUGAGGGAAAAACUCACGCCUUUUAACUUGAACCUACACAUUAUGGAUACGCAAGCGCUAACCAGAUCCGAUUACAGUUUAGACUUCACUGCAGCAAGUUCUUGUUUUCAAAUGUUCAGAAAUGGUUCCGCGAUGUCACUUAAUGAAAUGAAACGACUAAUGAACUCCGAACGUCUAAAGGAAGAGUUACUCGACGUUUAUGUAGAAUAUGGAAUAAGUGCAGUAGAACCAUGUUCGACCAGAAAAAUUCCAGCCAUCGCUGGUAUAAUAGGCUUUCCAGGCAUAUGGCUUGUGGGUAUUGCUGCUCUAAUAGGGAUGGCGGCUUUAAUAACGGUUUGCACAGCUUGUUUCUUAAAAAGGAAAUUUAAAGCGCAUUCAAAUCAUAGCUUGCAAACUUCCUACGCACCUACAGAAUCCUUUGGUGUGAGUGUACCUGCUGUUUAUCUACCAUAUUCUGAACCUAUGUACGGCCCCCUAUAGCAACCAGUUAUCUGGACUAGUGUUAAUUAAAUUAAGGUUACUUCUAAAUCUAAUUAUAUAAACUCUGUCUCUUCUUUCCUUACUGCCGGUAAAAGAAUGUAUUUUUUUUCUUUUUUUAAACU